GACAAAUAGAAGAGAAGACACAAUUUGAAGUUUAGUUGAAGUUGAAUGAACGUCGGUCGAACGGACGUUCCGGUUGCAUGGGAUUAUGAGUUGAUGGAAGCGGUCGAUUCAAUGUUUUAAAUCACCGUCCAGUCUAUUCACAAAUUUAAAUUAGGUAGAUCAAAUUAUUUAAUAAGUGUAAAGUGGUUUCGUUAUAACAGUGUACACCUUUAUGACGAGUAUCAGGUAGGAAAUCGAGAGUGAUGAAACUUCGUUUGUGUUUUUUGCUGUUUUAUGUGUACAGUGCUGCAAGCAAUGGAGAUAGUGAGAAUAAAGAGGAGACAAACAGGAAGAAAAUAAUUGACCAGUUGAUGCGCGCUCGCACUGUGUUGCUUGAUGAUUAUGAAUUGGUCAAAAGGCAGGUCGCCACCGAUGUAUAUAUGUACAAAAAUUACCGUUCUGUCUCAGUCAUUUUCUACAAAAUAAUGAGUGAUGUGAGUGAUGCUCAGUUCACGUUUGAAGCAGAGGAGCUUCAUUUAAAUAAUAUUGGCUCCUGCGAUCCACAAGAGGUGAUAGUCAACAUUAAAUACGGAUCAUAUCCUGCGGUGAAUCCUGACGGCUACGACUUCCCCAAAGGCUUCGUAGACCCGGGUUUGAGGGAAAGCAUCCACUCAUUUGAGUUCCAUUCAGAUGGGAAGAACAAGACGUACGCCAUAGAGAACCCGAAGCCGGGUAACUGGUACGCUUUGGUGUACAUCAAGUGGAAAGACCCAAGGACGCAGAAGGUUGAGCAGCAAGAUCUCGUACCUGAUUGCCAAACAAUUUUGUAUACCGAUUUACAAGUGAAAAGAGAUCCAGAUAUACAAUUAAUAGAUUGUUACGAAGGGCUCACAAUAGACUACGGUCAAAUACCUGAGAUUUACAAAUGCAUGGCAAUAAACAGUGUAGAUCCAAUCGUGUUGAAUUUGACGGCUCCUCCAGUGUACUCCACAGAUUUUAACAUCACAUUUAAAGUUCAAGCUUUAUCACUGCCUUCGGAUGAUAGCUUCAUAAUCCACUGUUAUUUUGAUCCAAACGUGAGCGUCGAGCAAACUAUUACCUUCUACCCUUAUGCAAAUGAAUGGCACUACAUCGAAAUAAACCACACCCACGACGUCAAUAAUAUAGCAAAUUGCGAGUCUUAUCUCAGAACUAGCGAAGAGGACGAUGUCGAAAACGAUACAGUUCUGCUGCUCAUGAGAGAUGACAGAGGCAGGUUCUUUACUUUUGACUACGGCCUACCAACCACUGAUUUGCACGAUGCAACCAGUUUAGUUAACAUUACUUCUAAUGAAAUUAAAGUCCUCAAGUUCAGAGUCAACGAUAUUUUAGAUAUAGGUGGCUCCUUAGCUAUUGAAGCGAGUUUACUUAUGAGUCUAAAGUAUUACAUGGGAUAUAAGAGAGAGCAUAAUGAUAAAAGUUCUUUGAUAGCAUUUACAGAAGAUAGUCAGUAUUUUAAAGCAGUCAUUUGUAUGGAUAUUGGUCAUAGCAGCAUACCACUGGAGGACGGCCGUUGUAGAUUUAACGAUCAAGUGAGACCUGCUCUAUUUAUUUUGAACAGCACUGAUUCUGAAUCGAUUCACCGCAAAAUUAUCAUUCCAUUUCCUGAAAGUGGCACUUGGUACUUGAGUAUACGACUGUUCUGCGACGAAACCGUUUGCCCGUGUCCCACAUCUGAUAACGGCACCAAGUAUUAUGUGAACGCGACCGCUUCUGAUGGCCGAAUUAUACCAGUGAACACUACUACUGAGAAUUGGAGGGAAGGAACUUCGGAGUGCAAUUCUACUGUGGUAUUGUCCAUAUCUUCGUCUUCUUGUAUCGAUGGGCGUUGCAGCAAUCAUGGAACCUGCCUGUUCAAUACAUUCGGGGGACUGGUGAUGUCCUACUGUGGGUGUAUUGCAGGAUACGGAGCUUGGGAUUGCUCGGACGAUUCAAGAAUGGACAGCAAACUCCACAUGCUUGUGACGGUGCUCUUUCUGACUCUAAGUAAUCUGGUGCUCUUCUUCUCCAUCUACUCGGCCGUCAUCCGACUGUACUACACCGAAGCGAUGAUCUAUGCUUUCACCAUGGUCUUCUCAACAUUCUACCAUGCGUGCGACGCGCCUAUUCACGUCGCUUACUGUAUCCUCAACGGCAACGUUCUCCAAUUUGGCGAUUUCUACUGCGGCAUAAUGUCCUUCUGGGUAACUUUAUUAGCUAUGAGCAUAAUAGGUGACAAGUUCAGGUCCUCGUUGCAAUUAAUCGGGGCUUUGAUCAUUGCUCUAUUGACAACGUGGAACAGACAUUCCUUUAUGGCGUUUCUGAUACCGGUGGCAGUCGGUGUGGUCCUCCUUAUAGCGUCCUGGUAUUGGGACUUUAGGAAAUUACGCAAGUGGAAGUUUCCCAGGUCAUAUUAUAAGAUUUACCUGCCAUUAGGUCUAAUUUUAGUGUCGAUAGGGCUGAUCUCUUUCGCGUUCUUACAGACUGAACAGAAUUAUAGAGUAGUACAUUCAUUUUGGCAUAUGAUUAUCGCUGUGAGCGUUGCAUUUUUACUACCGGAUAUUAAAAGAGGGGAGGGGCACAAUCCGUUCGUACCGAGUCCAAAUUAUUGUAAACUACCAUCUUGUAGAUUUUUCCGUCGGCCGGCCCCGCCUAUCGCGCAAGAUUAACAUGGAAUUAAGUCUGUGGCUCUUGAGUUAAUAAACUUGAAUUAAUCAAUCAGGCAGGGGCUUGGGUUAUUUAAGCCCUGUUGUCAAGUAGUUAGUAAGGCAAAGUUUAUGUUAUUCCUUAAAUGUAAUGAUGACCUGAACCGAAUUAUCCUUAGCCCAGUGGGGUUUAGACUUCGACCAUGACCUUGAAAGUUAAUCGACUCUCCAUGCGACUCCGCCCCGCCAGGGCGUUAACCUGUGCUAACCGUGUAGGUUAUUUUUGAAUAUGGCGCCUAGAUUCAUUAACGAGAACGAGAACGUAAAAUAUCACGCAAUUUUUGCAAACUAUAAAUAUAUCUAUAAUAAAAUUGAUACUUCAGUCUGAAAUUUAAAUAAUCCACAAUGCCAUUUUUUUUUGUUAUGAAUAUUUAUUCUCAGAGUUGACAAAUUGUUUUUUAAAAUUACAGCUGAAUCUUCUAAAUGUUAUAGUUUAUUUUUUAAACGGACCCCGGGAUUCCAGGUUUCAUAGCCGCGAAUGAAACCGGGAACACGCACAGAUGAGAGAGAGAGAGUAUGACAGCUGUUUCACCUUUUUCUAUAUUUAAUUAUAUUUUAAGUGAUUAGUUAUUUUUUAUUAUGCUUUUAUGAUUGUAAGAUCAAAAUAAUGUUAACUGUUUUUUUUUUAUAUUUUUGAACAUUUUUCUUGUAUUUUUUUGGAAGAUUAAUUUAUGGAAUAAUUUUUGUAUUGACUGUAAAAUUUUAGAUAAUUAACACCGGCAAUUAUUUAAUAUUAUAUAUUACAGUACAUAUUAUUAUUAUUUUCCAAGGUAUAAGACCAUUUAUUAAGGUUUUAUAUUCAGGUACUUAUAUGUUUCCAUUUAUGUUAUGUAAAUAAAAUUAGUUUUUUAAUCAAUCAUCAACAAUUAUAUUUUGUGUUUUGAGAGUGCUGAUUUAUGCACUAUUUGCAUUAAUUUGGCAACCAGUAAAAAGUAAUUAAAAAUAAUUAUACACUUUCACGUAAUUAUAUUAUCAAAAUUCGUUAAUGUUGAUGCAAAUAAAUAAGCAGAUAAUACAAAGGAACGAUAAAGGAAGGAUAAUACAAAAUGAGGACAAUGCAUUUCUUACUAGUCAUCUGCAAAUUUAUAUUCUUUCGAGUGCUGGAUAUAUUUAUUCGUUUUAAAUAAUAUUAUACACGUGACAAUAUAGAAAUAGGGUAAAAGUUAUGCAAUGAUACAAGACUGUAUUCUGGAGAUGCUUGUGCUUUCGGCAAUGCCAGAUCUAGUCCAACGACAAGAUGGUGGCAAAGUGAGAUAGAUACAGAAUGUCCUAUUCCCAAAAGGCCAUUGAAAAUUUUCCUAUUUUAUAAAUAUGACCUUUCGCGAAUGCGAUUCAUCUAAAGCGGCCGUGUAAUAUCCGUCUCUUUUGUGAAUUGGACGUUUUGGAAUUAUAAUAAUUAUGUGAUACCGUACCAAAUAUGGCGUAGCCUUGUUCUUGUAGAAUUAAAGAUUUUUUUUGUUAUCGCCAGGAGGUUGGAAACAUUGUUUUUAUCGGAUUUUUCGGAUUAAAUUUAGAAGACAUGCAUGCAUUACCGUAAUGUAACGUUUAAUGAAAAACCAUUCAAAGUCUAAUCCGACUCUUUCCAGCAAUAAGCCUAAAAUUGACUGUUUUUAUUUUGCUGUAGAUUGUAAAGACAAAGGAUUUUUAACGGAACGACAUGUUUUUGACAUUGCAAUACCAAAUAUAAUGGUCAAGAUUGCUUGAUAAACACUCAGCAUUAUCAGCCCGAGAGGACACAACACAACGCCUUCAUUUAUUUUCCUCACUUUAUUGCAUUUAAUACAUCUAUGCUUUAUUGACACAUUGUAGGUAGGUUGUUGAUCUCCAUGUUUUUUUCAAGUUUCUGGAGAUUAUAGACGAUUAUGUGCUGAUUUUAUUCCAGAAAUUAGGAGUUACCAUAAUAAGGAAUUCAGUGUGUCCCACUUGAACAAAUAUAAUAUUAAUAAUUUAAAUGUUAUUAAUUUUGAGAGGCCGCCGCCGGCAAUAUGUCGAUCUUUCGGCCUAUAAAUAAAAGAUUGGCCACGUUAUUAUAACCGACUGUAGCGCCGCAGUCUGCGGGACUUUAAGUAAAUAAUAAAUAAAUGGAUAGUAAAUGGACAACACUCAACGGCCCAUUCUAACCACUAACUUGUCUCGCGAGUUAUUUUAAUAUCUCACUGCAAGUUUGUUAGUAUUUUGCGUGAGUUAUUGUAAAAUUAAAUUUAGAAAAUAUACUUUUGACGUAAUGAAAUUCAUGUAGCUAUAUUUCUGAAUCUGUUAUUAUCGUGGACAGAAUAAACUAUAAAUAUUGGCAUUCGUUUCGCUCAUAUAAAUAUAGAAAUUUAUACAAGAGAAACGGUUAAUA